AAGGGCGUGCUAAGUAUUGAUCAACUUUCGAAUGCAGCCUCGUAAUAUAACAAACCUUAUUCCUUUGCUUUCAGAUAAGAAACUGUGUGAAACACCGUGUAAAGAUAGGGUAUACGAAGUCAUUGGGGCGACUGGUUAGUUUAGAACGGACAGGGGAAGAGUUCAUUCACGAUGCACCCCUUCCUAUUUAAGUACCAGUACGUGCGGAAUUUGCAGAUUGCCGGUGUUAUCAGUUGUUCUUUACGGGGUUGUAGUUUAGUGUCUGUGUUCUUGGCAGCAGUUCGUAUAUAUUAGUGUACGGUGCUAACCGAUAAUGUAGAUUUACAGUGGUUGAAUGUGAGGAAUAUCAUAAAGACGUUUACACGUGUGGUGAUCAGUGAAAUAAACAACACGACCCUGCAGUAAAACGGGUCGCAUUACAUCUAUCUCCAGCGUCAUUAAGCAAUCUUGAUUGGCCACAGGACUAUAAAUACGACACGAGCUGAAAAAAAUCAAACCAUUGGAGACAUGUUGUGAUAUGAAGGCCGUCGUUGUUGGUAUGAUGGCGCGGUGACGUACCUGCUCGCUGCGUCGGACGACGUCGUGCUGGCGGCCCAGGGUCCAGUUUCCGGGGUUGGGAACGGUCCUGAGGUGGCGCCGACUGAGUGCAGCUGGCUGCCAGGGUCAGCUCCCACCUCGACAGAUAGCGGCACUGUCAUGGCCGAAUCCUCCAAACUCUUUAGCGACAACGGCGACUAUGAGGAGCUAGCCCUCAUCGGCAACGGAGCGUAUGGGACAGUGUACAAGGCACGUGACUUGUCCAACAAUGGCCACAUUGUUGCUCUUAAGAAGGUCCGCGUUCCGCUCACUGACGAUGGUGUUCCGAUGUCGACGCUUCGGGAGAUAGCGCUUCUGAAGCAGCUGGACCAAUAUGAACACCCGCACAUUGUAAGGUUGCUGGAUAUCUGUCAUGGCCAGAGGCUGGAGAAGGAACAGCAACUGGUGUUGUUCCUGGUGUUUGAACACGUGGACCAAGAUCUUGCAAGCUACAUGGAACGAUGCCCUCCUCCAGGGCUGGGUUCUCGUCGCAUUAAGGAAAUCAUGCAUCAGAUCCUGUGUGGUGUCGACUUUCUUCACACGCAUCGCGUCAUCCACAGAGACUUGAAGCCUCAGAAUCUCCUGGUGACAAGUACGGGACACAUCAAGUUGGCAGACUUUGGUCUCGCUAAAACAUACGACUUUGAAAUGAGACUGACGUCGGUCGUCGUCACUCUGUGGUACCGUUCGCCCGAGGUCCUCCUUGGGCUGCCGUAUGCCACACCCGUAGAUAUCUGGUCUUGUGGCUGUAUCAUGGCAGAGCUGUUCAGACUCUUUCCACUAUUUAAUGGCAGUUCGGAAGGGGACCAGCUGGAUAGGAUAUUCAGGGUGAUUGGUACACCGCAGCAAUCGGAGUGGCCAGAGAGUGUCUCACUGAACUGGAGUUCCUUUGUCCAGCACCACUCUGUGUCACUGGAGAUUCUGCUUCCAGAGAUAUGCGAACAGGGACAGAAUCUACUGCAGUGUAUGCUGAAAUUUGACCCAGGUGAAAGGAUCAGCGCUGCUGAUGCCUUGCUUCACCCCUACUUUCGUGACAGUGGGUUGGAGCCUCUGCAGAUUUUCUCACCUGUUAAUCGUACCACCCCGUCUCUGAGCAGCAGCACCCCUGAUGACUUGGGAGGACGGCAUGGUGACAAAUGAAUAUCUACUGCGUUACUCAUCAGAUCAUGUUCAAACAGCACUUAAAUGGCCACUCCUAAUAGCAUCCAGUACAUUGGAUGUCGUGAUCAUCGAUUAAUUUAUACAGCCAAUAAUGCUUUAAAUCACAUCUUUCCAUUCCAUUUGCAGAUAUUUGCCGUCAUUCCACAAAACCUGUGAUCCGUCAUAAUAGCCAUAGUCAUUGUACAUACAUACCGUAUAUAUUCCAUUUUACCAUAGCCUCUGUGUAUCGAGACGAUGUUUCUGCUCCCAGGCAGUAUGUGAUGUCUACCGGACACAAUAAUACCGAGACUUGUGAAUUUAAAACUUUACUAUCUGACAAGCCGAGUUUGAAAUAUAUUCCGAGUUUAUAAGUUUCUAUUAAAAUUUGGCAUUGAUGGCAGAAUAUGUCGUAGAAAUCAGAAUACUGACGUUUAGUUUGAUUAAGGGGGGUGUCGAUAUAUGUCGGCAUGUAAGAGAAUAUAAUGAGGAAAAAUAAUAAUAGGAAUAUUGGUUUUUGGAAAAGAGACUCAAAGGCGGUCCCGUGUUGUGACUGUGCCACUGGUAGUCGAGUAUGACUGCUUACUUGUUUUGAGCGUCUAAUUUUGAGAAUUCUAAUAUACAUGGGAAUGUGUAAAUUCUUGCAGUUCCAGAGGUCUGACUGUGGUGUAACCUGCUCGGUAAUUUUGUUGAGUUUCAAGUAUAGAAUUUUUAAGAUGAUGAAGAUGGUACUGUGUUUUAAAAUAGCUCUUGGCUGUUAUGCUUCAAGGGCUGAUGUGAGAAAUGCCAAAUGUAAAAUUAUUUGUGUUGAUAAAUAAGUGAUUUAUCAAAAGUGUACUGUGCAAAAUACCAUUUUCAAAGUAGUGGAUAUUAUACUUGUUUAAAAGACUUAACUACUACCAGUUACUGCAGUAAGUAUGCAUCAACAUUCUGACUCCCCGUAUUAAGUAAUUAAUUUAAGAUUUGGUAUUGUAAAUACCUCAUGUGUCCCCUAAUUUUAGGGACUGUGCAUUUUUCCUCAUGUUACAGUCUUUAUUUUACUAUUACUUGCUUUAGUUACUGGCUGUUAUGAAAACUGUGUGUCUAAGAGAGUAAUUUUUUCCCCCAAAUACAGACUGAAUGAUUAAAACUGCUAUCAACUAAUUAUCUCAGCAGUUCUAAGGUUCGUCGUGGCUUUACCUGUUGAAAUAAUGCCAACAUAAGACUGCUAUUUUAACAUUUAUUUAUUUUCACACUGUUUACAAGUUAUCUUCUUAUUUUCAGCCUUCUGCGAUUGCAGUUAAAAAUGUGUACUGUGAAAAGGAGGUACGAUAUAUGUCAUAUAUUACUGAUAACUGUUCCUUCUGAAAUUGAAUUUGCAAAAUACACAUUUUUUUAAAUGGUUUUGUUUUGUUAAGAGGGUAGUGUUAUUUGAAGUUAAUAAUUUAAAUAAUGCUCUUAUUUUGGGAAUAUAAAAAUGUAAACAGUCAUAGAUUUGUUUGUCUCUUUACGUUCAAUAGGUAAGCGAGUAUUAUCUUCGGAAGUUGAACAAGUAAUUCCAAUCCUAAUUUUUCACUGUACAGCUUUACCUGAUGAUGUAGGAGGUAUUGUUUUUGUAUCAGACAUCAAAGAGUUAUAUAAUAUAUUUCCAAAGAAUUUUAACGUACAUGGUAUUUGAUUAUAUUACAUACUGAGAAAACUUUAACGUUUCAUGGCGUGGUUUUCACGCACAACUGUAAUUUUCACAACAGAUUUUUGCAGUGUGGUACAGAAUAAUAUCACCGAAAGGUGAUGGAAUUUUAAUAUAGUCAUUUCAUUUAUUCGUCUUAAAAUUAAUAGAUUCAUAUAAAACUAUUUCUUUAGUAUUGAAACCCCAGUAGUUUUUGAGUGCGUGGUGUAAUUAGAUGCGAGGAAUAGCGCACGGCAUUACCGUGGGGCUACAUAUAGUGGGUAUGUUUUUCAGUUUUUAAGAUCCAUAUCUUGAAAGCAUCAAAAUGUAGCCAAAAGAUGGUGGAAUCAACUAUCAUUAUUAUCUUUCCAGUAUACAAAUAGGAAGGCUACAAGAAGUGUUUGAAUGCAACUGGACAUAAAUAUGUCCGUAAUGAUUGUGAAGUACUUCGAGUUACAUUUGUUUGGUUGGACAAAGCCACUAUACAAUGAUACGAGCAUCCCAUUGCGUCUUGCUAGCAGUGGACGCCUGUUUAAUAAACUUCCAUUGCUGAAAUAA